AUGCUAGAGUCUUACCAUAUCGUCCUUCUUCUUUUUGCAGUGAUACAGUUUCUCAUCGGAGUUUUAGCAAAUGGCAUCAUUGUGGUUGUGAACAGCACUGACUUGAUCAAGCAGAGGAAGAUGAUGCCCUUGGAUCUCCUUCUUUGCUGCCUGGCAAUUUCUAGAAUUUGUUUUCAGUUGGACAUCUUCUACAUUAACCUGGCUGUUCUCUCCUUGACUAAAUUCCCUCCACUUGCUGAGAAUUUUACAAUUCUCAUGUUUUUAAAUGAAUCAGGACUUUGGUUUGCCACUUGGCUCAGUGUUUUCUACUGCGCCAAGAUCGCCACUGUCGCUCAUCCAACCAUCUUCUGGCUGAAGAUGAGGAUAUCCAAGUUGGUGCCAUGGCUGAUCCUUGGGUCACUGCUUUAUGUAUCUAUCACCUCUGUUUUCCACAGCAAACAUACAUGGAUUCUUCAAAAAAAUAUGUGGUUGGGCCUUUUCUCCAAAAAUGCAACAACUCCAAUCAAAGAAAUGGAUGCUUCUCAGUUUGCCUCUCAUAUUGUUAAUCUUUCAUUGCCAUUGAUUAUCUUCCUUAUUUCUGUUCUGCUCUUGAUAUUUUCCCUGGGGAGACACACCCAGAAGAUGAGAAAUACAGCGGUGGGAACCAGGAACCUCAGCAUGAGUGUCCAUGUCAGCACACUUGUGUCCAUCCUGUCUUUCCUGGUCCUCUAUCUCUCCCACUACCUGAUUAUUGUUGUGAUCAUUUUGCAAAAUUUUAAGCUCAGAAGGCUCAUCUUUCUGUUCUGCAUCUUGGUGGUUGGUUCAUACCCCUCUGGACACUCAAUAAUCUUAAUUUUAGGAAAUCCUAAACUGAAACAAAAUGCAAAGAAGUUCUUCCUCCUCAAGAAGUGCUGUCAGUGA